AUGACUGCACCUAUGGAUCUGAGGCCAAUUCCCUGCCAACAACAUGCUAUCAACUCUCCUCAAAUUAACCGCACAAACUCAUUUUCAGGCUCGUCGCCAGACCUGAAUCUCCGACGUCAAAGUCAGGCCAUCCAAACACCAAACAGCCAAGACAACCGCGAAAAUGUCACCAAUUUUGAGAACGCCGUCCUGGAUUCCAUGCAUACGUCAACAACCGAGUCCAUCCUCCAAUGGCCUCACUUUGAUGUCUUCCCGUUACUGAGGCAUGACGGAGAAUCCAUCUUCUACCUAGAGCAAUCACGUAAACCUUUGAGUGUGGCGGCAAAUCCAAUGUAUCCCUACGUCGAUACAGAGGAUAUAUCAUCGAUGUUAGAAGCCUUCGAACGGAAUAUCAACUUUUGGUACCCAUCUAUGUCACAGGAGCAACUCGGCAGUAUACGAGAAACACUUCAGAGUGGAAUGCCAGCUGAAGACACAGUCCACUCGUGUCUAUGCCUUCUUACCUUGGCUUUAGGAUGUGCUAGUCAAGCUGCUGAAGAUCUUCGCUUUACUACCGAGGCUGACCCUCCUGAGAAAGACAGAAGGUUGAGGAAGAGAAAACUUGGAGACAUCUAUUUCCAGUUGGCAUUGAAGAAACUUCACGUUGUCCAUCUACAAGUUGAUUCUCAAAGUACACAAUGCCUCUUCUUUACUGCUCUUUACUUUGCAUCGCUGGUCAGACCACUCCAGGCCUGGGAGUAUCUCAGCGCUACGGCGACGAGAUGCAUGCUUCUUCUAUCAUACCCUGUGAACAAGAAUGACAGUGAGGCUGAAGAACGGAUAAGAAGGAUAUUCUGGUCCUGCUACAUAUUGGAAAGUGACUAUAUGGCCGAACUAUCAGCAUGUCCCCCUUCUGGUAUCGCCCGUGUAGAAUCUUCGGUUCCUCUACCCAGUUCUUAUCAUACCCAUACCUCUGAGAUUGUUGAGGAAGAAUCGUCCCUCUACUUCCUCGCAUGCAUUAGUAUGCGCCGCCUACUCAACAGAGUCCAUCAGCUCUUGUACGCACGCGACACUGGUGCAGCAUUCGACCACACUCGCUUCCCACGCAUCGUUGCUGAGUUACAGCGCCAACUAGAUGACUGGCGCGACGUACUGCCAGCAUCUUUCUCGUUCAGUGUCGACACUGAUGAAGUACCGACAGCAGCUGGCGGAUUCCUUCGACAACGAUAUCUCACCUGCAAGGGAGUCAUAUAUCGGCCGUAUCUAAUGUGGAUGUUGAGUAGCAGCUACGAUGAUACAGGAACUUCGACAUCGGCUGUGACUCCUGCGAUACCGGAUGUUAUGAACAAGUGUAAGCUGUGUCUUGACGCAUGUCUACUCCACGCUUUAGACCUUAGGGGUUUCUCACAAACCGUUGUCAUCGACACAUGGAUCUGUUCCCUAUCUAUGUCUGGUGCCAUGCUCAUCAUCCUCGCCGCUUCACACAUACCGGCUCUCAAGGAGUUCAUUGGUACACGUGCCACACUUGUGGGGAGUCAUCUGGAGAGGUUGUUCCGUAAUUGGCGAGACAUGUCGUUUGGAGGAGAUUCACCCAGUGUGGACCGGAGUAUGUGGCUUAUAAACCAGGCGGACAGUUAUAUCAGGGACUGUUAUUGA